CUACCACCUCAGUCUCCUCUCGGCUGCCGUGCGGAGCGGACGUCUCGCUGUUCCGUUUUUUAUUUAAACAUUUAAUCUCAGUGAUGUGACAGUUUGAAUGUGGAAUAUGUGAUUAGUGCAUACAAAUCUGAAGUUUGUACAUAUUUGUACGUGUGGUGUGAAUGUGCGAAGUUUUUUUUAACACUAUCUGUGCCCGGAUCGCGUCCGAUACCGUUGCUUCGCGCUUCGGUGAUUCGGUUAAUAACUCGACGGAUCUACAGUGUGUAGUGGCUUUGCUAAGAUUUAAUACCUUGGAACAGGUCACUUACCUUGAUCGGCAUUCGACCUGUCUAUGUGAUAGUACUGUGAUAACAUGAACUAGUGUUGAAAUGUUCAAGUGAAAAUGGAGAGGAAAUUGACACGUGAAGAUUUCAUGAGGAAGAGCUUCAGAGCGCCGAGGACGUCGAGCUCGCAGGAGGCCCAGGAGCCGGCCGUGAACGGCGCCCCGCCACCGUCCCCCGUGUCGCUAGCGAUGCUUGAGCGAACCUCGCAGACCCCAAGAACCCGGUAUGAGGUAACCUCGACCGGCAUAGCCCCCAAACGCAUAGAGAUCAGCCGAGCGCAUCCUAUACAUCUAAAAUCGUUCCAAGCUCCCGAGCCGCCCGAUGAGAGCGCACCAACACCGCCGUCCGAUGACGUACUCCGGAAACUCGAAAGACAGAUAGGUGAAAUGGAACGGGGGUUGGAGCGAGCACAGAAUGGGAACGUCUCGGUAGACGAGAGAGUCAGAUACGCCGAACACGAGAAUCUGUUGCGUACAGGAGUGUCGUCUGUCGGUGGUGGCGGGUAUCUACCAGCCGAUUCAGACACGGAACACGACGCCGCGCCGUUCAACAGAAACGAGACCACGCGGAGUAGUACAGGAGGUGCGACCCCCGUACCACGAACGGCUACUAGGCUCGCUCGAACGAAUUCAGACACGCAACAACAUUCCGUGGCGGCUACGGCUAGACUUAUGAGAAAGCUAGCCGAUGGGGGCACGAAAGACGAGAAGACGAAGGUGAUUUCGAGGAAAGCGAUACAGGCGAGGAUGGAGCGGGUGAAGAAUUCGGUGGUGGGGACGAAGCAUGAGCACCGAGUGCUGGCCGAGCACCGGGCGGACCCUCCGUCUCCGAGGACGCCGACUUCGCCCGUGUCCCCGAGGACUUCGGUUCAGAGCGCAUCGGAGUCGUCGGCGGGUGCGGGCGGCGGCGGUUCCGCCGGCGGCAGCGCGAGGGUCUCCUCGCGCUCGCGGACCUCGGAGGAACCACAUAUUGGAAAGUACAAGCUUCUAAAGACAAUCGGCAAAGGUAACUUUGCGAAGGUAAAGCUCGCUAAGCAUGUGCCCACCGGCAAAGAAGUCGCGAUCAAGAUCAUUGACAAGACACAGCUCAAUCCAGGCUCGCUGCAAAAACUGUUCAGAGAGGUGCGGAUAAUGAAAAUGCUAGACCACCCGAAUAUAGUGAAAUUGUUCCAAGUUAUCGAGACAGAGAAGACGCUUUACCUCGUCAUGGAGUACGCGUCGGGUGGCGAGGUGUUCGACUACCUAGUGCUGCACGGUCGCAUGAAGGAGAAGGAGGCGCGCGCCAAGUUCCGGCAGAUCGUCUCCGCGGUCCAGUACUGCCAUCAGAAACGGAUCAUACACAGGGAUCUUAAGGCCGAAAACCUUUUGCUGGACGGCGAGAUGAACAUAAAGAUCGCCGACUUCGGCUUCUCGAACGAGUUCACGCCAGGCGCGAAGCUCGACACGUUUUGCGGCAGCCCGCCGUACGCGGCGCCUGAGCUCUUCCAAGGCAAGAAAUACGACGGUCCCGAGGUGGACGUGUGGUCGCUGGGCGUGAUCCUGUACACGCUGGUGUCCGGCUCGCUGCCCUUCGACGGCUCCACGCUGCGGGAGCUGCGCGAGAGGGUGCUGCGCGGCAAAUACAGAAUACCGUUCUACAUGUCGACCGAUUGCGAGAACCUUCUGAAGAAGUUUUUGGUACUGAAUCCGGCGAAGCGCGCCUCGCUGGAGAGCAUAAUGCGGGAUAAGUGGAUGAACACCGGCUACGAGGAGGACGAGUUGAGGCCCUACGUGGAGCCGCAGCAGGACUUCAAAGACCACAAGCGGAUAGCGCAAGUUGAGGCGCUAGUGUGUUUGGGGUACAACAGACAAGAGAUUGAAUACUCGCUUGCCGAAGCGAAAUAUGACGACGUGUUCGCCACGUAUCUACUGCUCGGCAGGAAAAGUACUGACCCGGAGUCGGACGGCAGUCGGUCUGGUUCGUCGCUGUCCCUCCGGACAGCCGCGGCCGGCAACCAGCCACAGCAACCGCAACAAACAAACGCUCAUUCAGGCGCGGGCUGCGGCUCGCCGUCGCACCGCGGCGUGCAGCGCUCCAUCUCCGCCUCCGCGCGCCCGCAGCCCUCGCGCCGCGCCUCCUCCGGCGCGGAGGUGCUGCGCACGCAAGUGGGCACCACGACGACUGCGGCGAACAACACCACUUCCACGGCGACCACCACCACGUCAAACUUCAAAAGACAGAACACUAUCGACUCCGCUUCCAUAAAGGAGAACACGGCGCGGAUCGCUCAAAUGCAAGUGAGUAAAAAUGUGCAGAGUGGGUCACGGCCCACAAGCGCGCAGCCUAAAGCGGAGGCGCGCACGCGCACUCUGACGGGCGCGCCGCGGCGCACGCACUACGAGCCGCCGCACCUGGCGCCCAAGCUGUCGCCCCCCGCGGACACGCCCAGCACGGUGGUACAACCGGACAGUAAGAACGGGACCGCGAGCGCGACGAACGGUCCCGGCGGAACCGCCUGCGCAGGCGCCACCGGCGCGACCGCCGCGACCGGCACUGCCGGCGGAAAGACGCACGUGAAAAGCGCAUCGAUAUCCUCCGGGAGCGGUGCGCCGCCGCUCGGCGCGGACUCGGCGCCGCACAACGCGUCCGCAAGGGACUUGGCUCAGCCGCGGCCCAGCAGCGUGACGUGCGGCGUGUCUGCGGGCGGCGGCGCCGGCGCAGGCGGCAGCGCGGCGCGGCGCGACUUCCCCAACCCGCUCGUGUUCCCCAGGAAUGUGCCGUCGCGCUCCACGUUUCACUCAGGUCAGACGCGGCCGCGCGGCGGCGGCGGCGCGUACGGCGACGGCGGGUCGCCGCACCAGGCGCGACCCUCGUUCUUCUCCAAGCUAUCGUCGAGGUUCUCCAAACGGUUGAAUCAGAACCCAUGAAGCGAACGCCGUUGCCAAGACUCGACAACAGCUUACAGAGAAGAUUUAACGUUAAGACAACAUAGGGAUAAUUGUAUUCGACAGUGAUCGCCUGAAUCGGCGGUCCCCAUAAAUACAGUGUACUGAGAAAAAAACUUAAAAUAAAGUGACAAAAGACUCGAAGUCAAUUUUUUUUUUGUCAGUAAACUGUAUAUUCAGACUACACUUUUUUCCAAUUGGUAAUAAUAAUCUGUCCGUUGUUAAGCUAUCAUUUCAUUGGAAUUUAAUGUUUGGAAUUCAUUACAGUAAUAAAACGCGACGGCCUUUCUGUUUACGUGGUAUAGUAAAAUUUUAUAUGAAUGGGAUGUUAGAUUUUUCGACUUGAACGUAGGUCGUUAACAUAAUAUUUUUUAUCGAUAAUCUCUAUUGAUAUUUAUGUAAUAGUAUGUAAUUAUAUCAGGCAGUUUGAUACAUUAUGAAUAGUCUGUUCAUCGAUAUAUUUGAAUUUUCGAUUGUAGUCGAUGUCGAUAAAAUCUCUUCAUCCUUAUUCGAGAUAUUUUUAUAUAUCGCAAUAUAUUAUAAGCGUAGCGUUACUAUAGUAAAUUGAUCGUACAAAAUCUGAAUAAGGUAAAGUACAGAUGGCGAAAUGGUAAUAUUUUUGUUGACAAACACGUAGCAGAGUGCUAGUCCCGUCGCGUCACGCAUUUCAUAUUAGAUGAUAAGACUAUAGAAUGCUAUCAUACGAAUUUUGAACAUUCCAGGGUUCCCGUAUGUAUUUAUCUCUUGUAUUUUUUUUUCUCUUAUACUUCGCAAAAAAAUGCACAAACUCUUUUGUUUUCAGAUCCCAAAAAUUAACGACUGAAAUAUUUUGUAUAUUUGUAUUACAUGACGGUAGUUUGGGAGAUUCUUGUUCGAUUACGUGGACCACUUGUGGAUAUUUCAUGGAAAACUAUCCCGAACAACAUGUUCAAACGUUUCAGUACCUGAAACUGAAUUUAUCAGAGUAGAAAAGAUAUAAUGAAUAUUUUAGUAGAAAAAAUUAAAAACUUUUUUCGAUUCCCUAUAAAAUUACUUUACACAUCAUUCAAAAGUAAAUAAUUUUAAAAUUAAAAAAACAACUGAUCUAACUAAAAAAAAAUCGAAAUCUUUUUUCCAAAAUGGUCCACUUUGAAAUUUUUCAUAUAAUUACGUAUGAAGCGCGAGUGAGAUUCAGUGUGUUAAAAAAUAAUCGUUUAGUAUGUCAAGAGGUCUGCCCAUCCCCUUAGCUUUGGUACAAAUACUCAGUACGUUACCACAUAUGGCCACGGCAGCUAUAUUUAUGAGUAACAUAGUAUAGAAAAAUAUUAACAUAUACCUUUUUGCUAUACUGAUCUAACUUCAUAGGACAGUUAGUGUGAAGUUUGGAAUUUCGGUUUUUUAAAUGAGCAUCUAAAAAAAAAUAUUUUUUAUUAUAUAACUGGCUUUCACUCUGAUUGCGUCAUAUUGGCCUAAAUCUGUUUGAUACUACAAGUUUUUUAUACUGUUAAGGGUUUUGCUAGAAUUUCCAUUUAACAAUAAAUAAAUCUAUCAAUUUAGGAUGAUCAUAUGUCGAAUUAUAAAACUAAUUUUCCAAACUUUAACAAACAGGCAACCAUUAUGAAAAACAGUGCUGCCAAUAGACAUUUCGUCCAUUAUUCUUUCGUCCUCGCAUACUGUGGCGUAUCAAGUUUUUUUUAUAAAUCUAUUUGAAUGUACCGUUCUGUCGUUUUUUUAAUGGGUACACUAGUUUAAUUUGAGAAGCAAACUAUGUGACAAAUACAUUUACAAAAAAUACUAUAGUUACAAAUAAAAAAAUAUUUUUUUACUAUGUAUUUAAUGUAACCAUGAAUAUAUGGAACAUAACCGUUUUUUUAAGGAAAAACAUUAAAACAUAUUUCCAAUAACAAAAAACCUAUUUCGAUAAAAUACUAAUUUCAAUAUACAUAGAAUUCUAUUUUCAUUAACUUUUUCUAAUUCAGUAACGUUAAUACUAUAUUUAAAUCGAUCAUAAAAAAUAUCAUUAAAAACGAUUGAUUAUAAACGAAAGAAUUGUUUUUCAAAAGACUCAGUCACUUGACUCGGACCGAACGGUACAUUUUCAGUCUAUCAUCAAUAUUGUCUUCAAUUAUAAUUUUAUAUUACUAUUAACGUUUAGCUUAAAAUAUUGUACAUAUGUACGUUUGUCGUAUAAGCGUGGAUGUGUCGAUAAAAAAUAUACUGAAUGCGUGUGAUUAAUUAUAUCGUGUAUUAGAUAUCAUUUUCCUAACUUUUCUAUAUUAAUAUUAAUAAUCGUUCGUCUAUAAAACCUUGGAAGGAUCGACAAAUCAUAAAGUUUGACAGUUGUAACGGAUGUCAUUUUCAAAAAUAUAUAUUUGUCGAUAAAUAUAUCGCGGUUCGCUCAUUUUAUUAUGAUUAUUAUUUGUAAUUUGGACGGUAAAUUCAUCUACAUGUGAAAAAUACUUAUUACAGGAAAUUAUUUCCAUAUUAACUGAACAUUAUUAGUAUGAGUCUAUUUUUCAUAAAAAAAAAGAAAGCAUUAUUGGGCCCAAAAACAAAUUAAAUCAAAAUUUAUAUAAACUCAAAGUUUUAUGUAUAACUUCUUUUUGUAUAAAAAGCAUAUAUUUUCAUUUAUUAACUUAUUAUGUUUAUAUUUUUAAGAAUUAUAAUUAUUCAUUCAUAGUCUCAUUUGCAGCAUAUCGGCCUAAAAUCAAAUGGUUUUUGUGCAAUGUAUCAGUCGAAAUGUACCGGAUAUCGUCUUAUUUUCUCCUUCGUUUUCCGUUUAAGAAGAAAGAGAUGACAGUAUAUCGACAAAUUUUUGGACAGAUUUCACAUGCGACUUGUUUAAAGUAUUGUCUCAUUUAAUGUCAUUAAGAAUUAGUUUAUGGAACAAAUUUAUGUUUUCAACGUAGGUGCUGUGGUAGGCGUCCGUUUGGAUUAGUUUCUUUUUUUUGACAUAAUUAUGUUGGAAUUUAUGUCGUAUAUGUAAAUGGUUUGGAGGACACUAUUCGAAAAUUCGUUUGAUUAUUUUUUUUUCUCCUGGAGUAGUCGAAGGCGAAAUCGUCAUUCACAAUAAAAAUAAAUAGGUAUAUUUUUUUCGGACAAAAUGUCAGAAGUUCUAAGCGACAGUUUUAUAGCCAGUGUGUGCUGGCUUUAUAUUAAAUGAGUUAGGAUUUCUGUCGUAUGUCAAACAUGCGUCUAUGUUCUGGGCAUCUUAUGUCCAUUAAAUUUAGACAUUUUUUUGUUUGAUUUAGUUAAUUACACACAUAUAUAAAACAAUAUUUCAUCUUGAAAUUAGUAUACAAUAAAAGAUUUCAAUAUUAUUUUAUCUGGGAAGUCAGACGUUACAACUAUUUUAAAACAUAAUAAAAUUCAUUGUAUUGUUGAAAACUUGACUUAUAAAGGCAAUUUUAGUGGAUGACCGAAUACCCAGUCCUCAAGGACUCGCGGGAACGAAACUUCAUAGGUCAAUGAGUAUAUGUUUCUCAGAACAAUAUUCAAAACAAUUUUCGAACUGUGUCCUAACUGCGUACUAUGACAUGCUAUGCUGAAAAAAAUAUUUUUUCACAUAGUCAAAAGUAUCGACAUGUUUGCAUAGAAAAUAAAUAAAUAAAUGUUAUAUAUAAAUGAACGCACACAAUCUGUGCAUAUAAUAUUUUCUUUUCUUUUUUUUAUUUUCCUGUGAGCAUUUUUUUUUUUACUUUACAUAUUAAGCAAUGUAUCUGUAAUCAUAACUGUGUAAAGGAAAAAUGCAAUACAUUCUAGCUUGGUUAAGUUUAGAUUAAUGUUUUUUUAUGAGAUCAGUGUUUUUAUGUUUGGAAAAAAAUCACAUUUUUUUUUUACUUUUAUUUUCUGCAUUUACAUGAUUUUGUUUAAUUUGUUUGUUUUUUCGUUUUCAAAAGUUAUUCGUUGCUACAAAAUGCAUUUUACAGGUUCUGCGUAUGUUUGUAUUCUAUAUAUGUACGUCUCUGUACUCAUAGUUAUCGGUAUUAUGUCAAGGUAUUGUUGGUUUCUACGAUACGCGAAUGAAUGUGUUGCGCUUCUCCAAAAUAAUCAGUUUUUUUCAAUAACAA